UUCUGUCAACACAAAAUUUUGAGAUUCUGGGAGAAUACUAUCAAAAUGUCAUAAAAUUUCGCAAUAUCGUUGUGUUUUUGUCCAAGCAGGAGGUGUGACAGGGUACACUUUAAAAGUGUGUUUAAGAAUACCUUUGUAAGGAAUGCGAGAUCAUUCAGAACCUCCUGCAAAUAAGGAAGCAAAUGUUGGGUGUUGUUGCCAAAAAGGUCGUGGCCCAAGGCCAGCCACAGAAAAUGCAUGUGGAUUCAUUCAUGUCAAUGGUAAUGGUUGCACCAGAGCAAAUGACGAUUGGGAUGUUGCUGACUGUUCCUGCUCAGGUAUUCGUCAGGAAUACUGCAAUGGUUGUAAGACAAUGGGGUGGCAACCAACAGGAUUAAUUUGUGAUAUGAAUACGAACACAAAAAACGGUGACAACAAAAUCAUUCCAUCCAAAUCAACGCCUAAUUGUUUCGACAACCAGGAAUCAUGUGAAGAGAUUCCAACUGUUAGCUUGUUUGGAAACCAUGUCCAUCAAGAUGUGGAUCUUCUCAAAGCGCAGAUUGCAAAGACUAUAGACCGUGAUCCUUUCAAAGUUGCCUCGCAGACUGUCUGUGAUGAUGGUCACAAAACAGACACAUCUUUGGGUCUCUUGAAAUGUGAUCCUUUUCACACAGAAAAGACUGUUUCAUCUUUAAGUGGUAAAAAAGUAGACCACAAUCACUUUACGAGUAGUUCUGGUGUAAAAAAAGAGGGUCAAGACCAGCAAGACAGUGAAAGUUCUCAAACUUUUCCGCCAAAGGAUUCAGAACUGUCGUCUAGUUUGCCAAAUUUAGCUACUCUUCUCAAUGAUUUCAAUAACGCUAAUGAAAGCUGUGCAAAGAACUUAUUCAAUGGCAGAAUUUCAAGAUCAGGUUCAACUGGCUCUCCACAAUUGGUUGGCCAAGUGCAGCGCCAAGAAAUAGACUUGUCUCCAGAGAGGAGAUGGGGACGACAUCCGAGCCCCGAUGAUCUUUCUCCAGACAUUGCUAAUGGUCUAGAUCACAACUUCUCAAGCCCAGAUGUUUCUCAUUCGGAGGAGUUUGAUGGAGAAAGAAGAUUCAAUGGAUUGUUGACAUCAGGUGAUGCAAGUAAAUCACCGGAUACAAUUUCUCAAAGAUCUGCAUCCAGUUUUAUAUCUGAUGGUGGAGGCGGGUCUCAUUGUGAUGAACAAUCUCAGCCACUUGUUAGGAGGAAGAACAAAGAAUUAACCUUGUGUGUUAAUCCCUCUAAUAGCCGGCUCUCAAAAGUGUUGGAGAAUAUUCCAUUAAUCUAUAUUCCCCAUACCAAACAGCUGUUAUCAGCUGGUACAAGUAAUCAAACUGUGGCUACUGAAAGACGGACCGGGACAGAAAGCGUUGAUGCUGUCUCAUUGAAUCAGGAUUUAGAAGUGGGUCAGUUAGAUUAUGCUGGCAGUUUAUGUGCCGAAACAGGUAGCCAGUGUGGAAUGACCGGGAUAACAGACCCGGAGUUCAUGGACAUUCUUACCAACACUGAUCUUGAUACCAUUGAUAAGUUAGAAGGUCCAAGAGAUGCUCUGCAUCGCACGAAUACCUCAGGGUCACUGUCGCGUACAGAUGCAUCCUCUUUCUCAAGUAUUUCCAGCAUUAGCACUGGAACGGAUUUCUCAAUCUCCGCUGCUUCCUUGGGAGAUGAUUAUCUGGACAUGAAAGCCAAGGCGCUUGUGAUUGACACGGAUGAGGCGGGUUUUAUGGAUGUGAAUCUCCAUGCCAGGAAUACUUAUGAGAAAUCUCACAGCCAUACGAGUUCAUUGGAUAGCGGGAUAGAUGAGAAAAUAGCACAAGGUAUUCAGGGGGUGAAAUCAAAGAGAAGAGGAUUGACAAGUUUUUUAUCAAGAAAUAUAUUUUCAAGAAAAUCGAAGGACGCUGCCAAACUUCCCGACCAGGCCAGCGCCCCAGGUUGGAAACUUUUUGGAAAGAUUCCACCCAAGCAGACGGCGGAAAAAGAUGCCAGGAAAAUAUCGGAGGAAUAUCAGGCCAAGGUGAAGAUCUGCCAGCAGUCUCCCACGAGGACGAGGAAGCGUGAUAUUGAGGUGCUAUCGACGACGGCCCUGAUUCUUGAGAAUCGGCCGAUGAAUCUCCCGCCCAAGUCUGCUGAAGAGGCUGAGCAUCAUCGCCAGGAAUAUGAGGCCAUGGUGGAAGCUGUGAAGAAAAAAGAACUGAAAGAGGCCAAGCUGAAGAAGAAGCAUCUUCAACACCAGUUGAGAUUAGAAGAACAACUUGCUGCUGCUGUCAAAGUAUGGAACAAUGAAAUCCUGCCAAACUGGGAAAAUAUGCGUGGAUCAAAGAAGGCAAGAGAUCUGUGGUGGUUGGGGAUACCUCCAAGUGUACGAGGCAAGGUGUGGAAAAUAGCCAUAGGAAACGAAUUAAAUCUCACACAUGAAUUAUAUGAAAUAUGCCUGAGCCGAGCCAAAGACAGAUUGAAGAUUAUGGAUGAAAAUAACGGUGAAUCUGAAACCGAAGAGCCGUCGUCCAAUAAGGAAUCGAGUGUGGAAUUGAUCAAACUUGACGUGUCUCGUACAUUCCCCCAGCUGUGUAUAUUUCAACGGGGUGGACCGUACCACGAUAUGUUGCACAGCCUCCUUGGAGCGUACGCCUGUUACAGACCUGACGUGGGAUAUGUUCAAGGGAUGUCUUUCAUAGCUGCUGUGUUAUUACUCAACAUGGACGUAGCUGAUGCCUUCAUCUGCUUUGCUAAUCUACUCAAUAAGCCGUGCCAGGUGGCCUUUUUCAGAGUUGAUGAGACACUGAUGAAGACUUAUUUCCUUACGUAUGAAGAAUUCUUCCAAGAAAACCUGCCAAAGUUGUUCGCCCAUUUCCAUAGGCAAAAUCUCACUCCAGAUUUGUAUAUUAUUGACUGGAUGUUCACUUUGUACAGUAAAUCCUUGCCACUCGAUGUUGCCAGCAGAGUAUGGGAUGUGUUCUGCCGGGACGGAGAGGAAGUCUUGUUUAGAACUGCCCUCGGUAUUCUGAAGCUUUAUGAGGAUAUUCUGCUGAAUAUGGACUUCAUUCAUCUGGCUCAGUUUCUGACCAAACUUCCCGAGGACAUUACGUCAUACGAUGUGUUCAGAAGUAUCGAGAAAAUCCACAUGGUGGUCGAUAAUAAAAAAUUUGCUCAGGUCUUGUCGCAGAAGAAGGAAUCUUUGGACACGUCUUGAUGUAUGGGCGUGACUUCUGAUUGGACGUGUAAAAACUUGUGAUUCAGAUCCGAGUCCUGAUUGGCCUCUGAUGUCUUGAAUCUCUGCUAUGAUUGGAGGAGUAUAGUCAUGUGAUUCAGAUCCGAGUCCUGAUUGGCCUGUUGUCUUGGAGCUCUGCUAUGAUUGGAGGAGUACAGUCUUAUGAUUCAGGUCUGAGUCCUGAUUGGCCUCUGUUGUCUUGAAUCUCUGCUAUGAUUGGAGGAGUAUAGUCAUGUGAUUAUGAUCAGAGCCCUGAUUGGCCUCUGUUGUCUUGGAUCUCUGCUAUGAUUGGAGGAGUAUAGUCAUGUGAUUCAGAUCGGAGCCCUGAUUGGCCUCUAUUGUCUUGGGGUCUCUGCUCUUAUUGGAGGAGUACAGUCAUGUGAUUCAGGUCCGAGUCCUGAUUGGCCUCUGUUGUCUCAGAUCUCUGCUGUUAUUGGAGGAGUAUAGUCAUGUGAUUCAAGUGCCGCUAAUGUAAAUGCCAAAUGGGAAGAGUUGCUUGAUAUUGAGACAGAGGUACGCUGAUGAGAAGUCUAAUUGUACAAAGGCGUUUAUUUAUUCUUAAGUUGGUAUGCUUUCGAAUUCUCAUUGGAAGAGUGUGGUCAUUUGAUCAUGUCGACACCAGGAUUGGCUAAGGGUAAAACAGGAUGUGGAAGCAUUGACAGGUCAAAAGCCAAUGUGAUAUCGAUGGAACAAGUGCCAAGGAGGCCAUCGUCUGCGUUUGAGUCUGGCAGCAAAUCUCCACAGUUAUUGAUGAUAACUCUUAAUAGCAAGGCAGGGAGCCAUGGAGAGAAUGGUUAUUUUAAUGAAAAGAGUUCAAGCAUGAUAAUUGAUCGGUAGGCAAGAAAGAUUUCAUUCUUUGGGUGCAGUCAAUUCAGCCCCGUCUGUUGCAGUGGGCUUAAUUGGGAUCUAGAUAUUAGAAAUACCAUACAGUGGAACCUCCCUUUGCAGACACCUUCGUUAAAUACAAUAUAGUAUGACACCCUCUCUUGAUUUUAGUUCUGAUUUUUGUUCUGAUCAUUUCUACUCACUUUUACCUAUGAAGUCAGGAGUUAAGUCCUUUCUAACUCUUUGAGUGCCCAUCGAUUUUCUCGAUUUGCCCUUAGUGCCCUUGAGCAGGAAUACACCCGGGAAGCACAUCUGGGAAUCCCAACUUCAUCGACGAUCGUUACACACUGUUUCGCGGCGAUUUCGUGGACAUGUACCGUUUCUGGUGAUGAACGUCGUUCGCACUUGGAGGAUAAGACAAAAAAUUGGACGUUUCUGUCAAGGGCACUCAAAGAGUUUAAAGACUGCAUUUGUCACGGUGUCCUUGAAGAUUAAGUAGAUGAAAGCUACAUGUACACUGCUGAUCAUUUCUGUUAUCACAGAGAGGAUUUUUAAACGACCCAGAAACUUUUGACCAGAUAUUCGGUCACAUACGGCCAAUAUGGGCCCAUUUAUGUUGGGCUAGCAAUUCCUGGCCAAAAAAACAACUGGUCCUUUGAGGAUGCCAUUUCCACCGUAUGAUGCCACAGGAUUGUAUAUUACAUCAUAAAGACCUCUGUCGGCCGAUGUGCCUGACUGUUGGGGACUCCCCGGUGUAUUUCUUAGAUUUAAUACUUGGCAUGAAGUCAGUUUGGGGCUCUGCAAAAACACCCUUAUAUUUCUCCACAGAGUUUUGCUCCAUUUUUAUUUCUGACGUCUCAUAGGUGAAUUGCAUUUUGAAAGAUUUUAACUGCUAUUAUCUGACUCUUUGAUAGAGAAGUUCUACUGUAUUGAGAUAUGUUUCUCGGUAAAUUGUGCUGUUUGCCAAAAAGAUAGGUUAUUGUGCUCUCUGGUUUGUUGAUAAUCGGGUUGGUAAAGUAAUUCUGAUUUGGCAUAACAUGAUUUCUUAACAUUUCCGUCACAGCCUGUCAAGUUUCAAGGUGUGCCUGGUGGAGUUUUGUCUAUUCAGAGGGGUUUAAUGGUGUUUCAAGGGAUUCGCCUUGGUGUAAAGCUUGAGUUCCUAGGUUGUGCCAAUUAUGGUACAAUGAUUUUGAGUUUGCCAGAUACUUUUAACAUGGAAAUAUUGGUGUGCCUUUUAAUUUUUUGAUGGCUGCAAAAUAGAAAGUCUCAUUGAAAUUAUUGGGUUUGUCAAAAAGCAUAAGUAUGCCUUUAGCGGCAAUUUCACAUAACCGCAAAAUAAAAUGGCGGCAAAUAUUUCCGAGUUUACAGUAUGUGGUGUGACUGGUUGUUGCUCAUUUGUGGAAUCUCAUCAACAUGCAUCACAGUCACACAGGGGGGUUGAGUUCAAGUAAAUGUCAUAGCUGCUGGUCACUAUAAUCAUGUAGCCAUUCCCAGGGAACUCUGGGGGGUUGUGAAGGACCCUAUCGGUAAAAAUUGUCUAAAGGGGUAUGCUGUACGUAAUUACUUGUUCUGCCAGUUGGCUGAAAAGAGUGGAAAUGUCAUUGAACGUCUGUCCAAUUUUGUCGAUUAUCAAAAAUUUUCUGUGCUCAACUACCAGUUUACUUUUCACCAUUUUACUUGCCCAACUGUCCGGUAUAUCAUAUGAAAAUUUCAGAUUCACAACCCCCCCAGUAUUUGAUGCGACGCGGUCAAACAUCGACAAUUUAGCUGCUAAAAGGCUUAAAAAGUCAAUGGUGGUCUUGUCUCAACAGAAGAAAGCCCUCAAGCCGAGAUAUAUUUUAAAAGUUGACCAAUUGAGUUGCUUUAGUACUUCUGGAAAAAUUUACUGGAGACGCGCAUAUUUCUGUCACCCCAACACAAGAGCCAUGAACUUACACUUGAUCUCACCCAGUGUAAUGAAUUGAAUGCUGUUCUAGAAGUUCUUCUUCUUCUUUGGAUUCCCGUCGGGUUUGACCCUUUCCAGGAUCCAAUAUCGUCAAGACUUUUCUUGUCUCUCUUACUCUGUUAAACUUUCAUACUCAAGGUUUGUUGGGCACAAUACUCUUUUGAUCUUUGUAUAAACAACAGGCAUUGAAAGUGCUUAGGAAUUCAAAUUUUUUAUGAUGGAAGAGGGUUAUAUCUGUGUAUUGUUUUGGGACUUUUAAAUUGAUUGACUGAAGUUAUGUACAUGUAUGUCCGAUAUCAUUUCAAGUCAUUAUUCGGGAAGAAAAUCAUGACAAUGCUGUAUGAAGUCAGUCCAUGUAGAAGCAAUAUAUUUAAUUCAGUAUUGAAUUGCACUUCAGUUUUCAUUACACUGUUAAUAUUUGCAUAAUUAUGAGGUAUUUUGCAUAUUCCAAAUUGCAUGUAUUUGCAUUUCCUGAUCAUCAUUCAGAACAGGUCAAGCCUGACUGAUUAGAGAGAUUAAGACAAGUACUUUGCAUUUUAUAUUUCUAUAAGAAACAAUCAUGUAUAUAAAAAACAAGUAGAUCACGUGUAUAUGACAGUAAUGUAUAUCAUUUGCAGAGUUUUGCAUGUUGGAUUUGUAAUGCACUGGUCGAUGUACAUGUAUGAGCAUUUAUACAGGCUGGUGACUGACAAUAGGUGUCACUACCAGUCUUACAGAUUACAAAAAAGAACAAACAUUCACUCGGGGUGAUUAGAUUUAGAAAUUUCACAUAAAUGUUCAGUUUUGUCAGUGCCAGCAAAAUGUUACUCUUGCUGUAACGUCACCAUUGCGUCAUUCGCCAGAUUUAUGAUGUCGGACAGCGUCAUGACGACACAAUUUCCUUGAUUUUUGGACCAUUCGUGUUGCCUUAGUCAAAGGCCCAUCUUGACCGUAUAAGCCAUCAAUGCAUUGUUUAAUUUUGAUACAUUCGAAGACCGACCAAUUGAGCGUCACAGUACGCAAGCCAUGGCCUCAUUGGUGGUACCGUGACGCAGUUAUCAUAGUUUGAAAUUAAAAUUGCGGCCGUGAUCAGUUUUUACUCUUGCUGUUCAUUUUAGGGGGGCUAUUCCUUUGCCAUCUGGUUGCUCCUUGAAACCCCUGAUUGAUUUCUGUGGAGACCGGGGGUAAUAAUUUGAUAUCCCAUGGUGCUUUAUCAGUUUCAUCACUGAGGAGCGCUAUAUAUAAAUCUGUGACAUAAUUAUUAUUAUUUAUCUUAUCCGGAUAAAAACCGAUGUAUCAUUAUGAGCAGCUAUAUUUUGGCUGUGACAGUCACAUCUAUCAUAAUGCGGGCGAUCAUGCGGUGGCCAUAUUAAAAAUGUGCAGCACGCACGGUGACAACCAUUUUAGGGGGGUCUGUUCCUUCACCACAUUGAUAAAAUGCUUUUUUUUAAUAGCCAAACGAAAAAAAUCCAGCUUUAUAUGGAUUUCAUUCCCGUCAUCAAUAAAUUCAGGAAACCUUAAUGUACAUGUAGCACCCUGAUUUUGGAUUGGAUUUCUCCAAGAUAGAUACUUGUCCGCGCUCUAUAAAAAAGCGUCCCAUAAUUUUUAUGGAGAAGCCAUUUUCAUGGCAUGGCAGCGCGACGUCAUAAAUCUGGCGAAUGACGCAAUGGUGACGUUAGUAGGGAAAGAUUUUGGCAGCGGACAGUUGCAGAAAUAGUUGUGAUAGAAAAUCUGUCUGUAUGCAGCAGCCAUUUCAUUCUACCUCUAUUGAAGUGGUCAGUGGCAGAUCUCGAAAUUUGGGAAAAGAGGGAUGCAGCCCCACCCAGGUUGCAAUUGUGGAUAGAGGGGGCUGUGGAGAGCCUUUCUCCAGAUAACUAUGUCAAAAAUGAAUUUUCUGGGCAUCCAAGAGAUAAAAUUUCAGAAGCGCCUUGAUUCUUGGGGAGAGGUGCCCUAAAAAAUUCAUGACAAAAUUGGGGCUGCGUCACUCCCUAAUUCUGCCACUGGUGUUUUUUUAACCCUCUAAAAAGUCACUGCACACACCACAGUUCCAAAAACGCAGUUGAUUUGGCUGUUUUCCAAACAAAUUGGCACACUGAGUAUUCUGAAAUCGGUGUUCUUUGGAUCAGUGUUUAUGAGUAAACUAUAAAAAUUAUGAACUUCAAAAACGUCAUGAAAUUUGUGUAGAAAAAAAAUCGGCAGUGAUUUUAUGACACAUUGCAUAUUUGUUCUAUGUAAUUUCACUCGGUUUCACUCUAUUGUUUACUUAUCAUUUGACUUAAUUAAUGAGCAUUUGUGAUGGCAGGCAAUCGAUUUUUGUUUGAGGAAAAAAAGUCCAUUGAAAGUGGUGAUAAGAUGAAAAUGCACUGGGAGUUUUUUCAAGCAAAGGUUGGAUCCAGGUACAUAAAAAGACUGGAUGCAAAGGCAAAAGCAGUAUAGACUCGCUAGAGUCUGUUAGUCAAUAUUAAAAUGUGAUGUGUAAGCAGGGUAAAAUGGAACUUGAAAAGUGAUAAUCCUUGAGGCUGGUCAAAUCAUAAGCGAGGAUAUUUGACACUGGUAUGAAUUGGACUCUGUCCAGAUCAUUGCACCAUGCGAUGGCGUUACAUAAAUCGUGAUGUUUUUCUCGCACCAAAAGUUCUGGCUAGUUUAAGUUGGGCAAGUUCCUGUUCUCUUUUGAGGACUCCGCUGCAGAGAGGCAUGCACUAAUCUGGUCAAAAGGGAAUUGCAGGCUUUAAAAAGUUGAUCAGGGACUCGGUGCCUUCAUGGGGCUGCCCUUUGAGGAAGAGAUAGUUACAUGGGCAAUAGCAGAAACAGAUGGUGUGCGAUUCUGUUUCUGGUAAUACAUGUAGUUGCAAGUCAGUGUCAUGUUCAUGUUUAUUUUUGUUUUGGGUUUUUUGCUGGGGUUUCAGAACGGGGUCAUUGAUGUUGAAUUGUAUGUAGCAAAGAAAUGUCCAGAUGCACUCUUCAUGUAGCUGCUUGCAGUACAAUGUAUGUCAGCACUGUUUUGGACUGACGUGGAUGCUUGAUACCGAUUUAGGAUACUUAAGUUCUAUUUUGGUGAUAACAUGUCAACUUGUCAUGAACGACUGGAAAUAAGAUGAUGUAUGUGUCAUUUUGUGCCAAAUAUACCAUGAUUGUGGGAGAUCAUCUAAAAAUACACCAAACAGCGGUAUACUUCACUGAUUUCAACGAGUGAAUUUCCAGAUCAAAGCAACUAAAGGCUAAUCAAAAUUGGAGCCCUAUUUCAAGUUCUGUCAAAAUUUGAUGAACUCUGAUAUGAAUAUGGUAUUUUGUAAACAUUGGAGUAUUUUGUAAAAAUUGGAGUCCUAUUUCAAGUUCUGUCAAAAUUUGAUGAACUAUGAUAUGAAUAUGGUAUUUUGUAAACAUUUUGUUAUCCUGAACAUGUACAUGUACAUUGUACAUUGUAGCAUCAAGUGGUCUUGUAGCUGAGAGGCAGCACUUUCUGGCAGACUGUAUGACAACUCGCACUCAAUUGAAAAUAUCUGAAGAGUAUGCGAUGUGCCCCCCAAAAAAACUUCAAGGGGGGUUUUACAUACCAACACUUCAGCCUACUUUUUACAUUUUCUCGGGCGGUGAAAAUGAACCGCCUCAUUUCCUGUAAAAGUCUGGCGCAGAUCAGUUAGCUAGAUUAGGCCUGCUGAACAUGUGGACAAUAGGGUCCGCUGUAGGGUUCCAUUCAGUAACUUGCGUAAGACUUGAUGAUGCUUUGAUAUCAACUGAUGUGCGGGAAGGGCAUUGUAUUUGUCAUAAGAAAUACACUUUAAGAGGUUACAUCUUUUGGCAAGUAUAUGUGGAUUUCUCCUAUUCGGUCCUGUAAAAUGUUCUCACAGAGGAGGUAGUCGGUUGAGGACUUUUGAGGAGAAUUUCAUAAUUCCUUCAGGUCUAGUCCUGGUCACCAGAGAGUUAAUUCAUGCUUGUCUGCUCGAAAAGAUUUGAAGACCAAUAUCAUAUUUGCUUAACAAAUCUCAAUGUCUAUUGUUGAAAUGUUCUUUUUAUUACAAAUUAGGAUUAAAAGCAGUCUGAGGUCAGACAAUAUUGUACAUACCUUGCUUAUAAUUUUGCAGAAUGACCAAUGUAUUUAUCACAAAUGCCCAUAUUUAGGGUACAAUAUUUAUGCAUAUUUAAGCACACUGCACCAAUUGGUGGGUGACUGAUUCUUGUGACAGGACAGUGGUCCAAGAAAUUUACUCUAAAGACUCCAAAAUGUGGUUAUUUUGACAGCCCCUGGGCAUCAAUCAGUGGUGGAUCAAGAAAUUUUGGGAAGGGGGAUUGCAGCCGAACCCAUAGAGCCCUGGUGGUGUGAUAUGGAAGCUGAAAUGUUGGCCAAAACCUCGGCUCUGCCUCUGUUUAGGUCUGCAUUUUGGCUCCACCCUCGCAGUUUUUGUGAGACAACGAAUACCUCCAGUUUGGUAUCAAUUCCUUAAGCGAAUGAAAUUAUGUGUUCUCCCAAAAUUAUGAUUGGGAAAAUUAUAUUUUCUCCAAUCGCAACAAUAAAGAACUGCAAAAAUGUGGUUGUCCCGGUUUACAGCACUUAAGAAAAAAAUGUUGAUGGGCAUACCCCUCAGUCAUUUUCAUAGAUCAUGAAUCCCUUGCCAGGAUUUCCAGACAAGGGGGGGCCUUGUAAGUUGGUUGGCCUGCAGGCAUUCACACUAAAUGUUGAUGCUGUAUAAUUUUCUCAUCACUUGCUUGUGGUAACUGCAUGGAAACGGAAUUGACCAGAAGAUUUUCUGGAGCCAGAAUAAGUUUGUAAAGGAUAAGGGGCUAUCAUGGUUGCAUACAUGCAUAUUUGUGUUUUUCUGGCCCUUUUUGGCAUAUUUGUGCAUCUAUGAAUAUAACUGAUAUAAUAUUAUAAGACAUUUUAGGCAGCAACUGGCUGCUGGUUAAAUGGGUUUAUUUCACCACCAUUGCUAGCUAGACUGCUUUGUAAAUUUAUGUAAUUAUGUGCAGAUUUCAAUAAAUUUUAUGGUUAGACUACA